GCUGGGAAGGGGGAAGUAAACGUGAAACGUGAACCCUCCAAACUCCUGAAGGUUGGCUGGAGAGCUUGCCGCGUCUUUAGUUGAAUUUCCACAGCUAGGUACUACUCUACAAGUGACCCUGGACAGUAACAAAACAUACAAAAGCACGAACCCAAACCCCGCUAUCAUCAUAGGUCUGAAAUUAUCGAGGAAUCAGUAAGCAAUGGCAUCUAAGAAAUUUGCUGUUAAAUGUGGGAAUUUCGCUGUCCUGGUGGAUCUUCAUAUAUCGCCACAAGGUUCCAACAAAGAUACCAGCUGGUUUUCUGAACAGAAGAAAGAGGAAGUCUGUUUAUUGUUAAAAGAAACCAUCAAUUCAAGAGUUAAGGAAUACUUGGGUGUUCGCAAACAGCACAAGGCAUCAAAUGCAGAAUUCACAAGAUCCAGUCCCUUGUCCUUAAAAGGUUAUGGCCUUCAAAUCACAGCCUACUUCCUCAAGAGAGGGAUACGCCUUCGCUGCCUCUGGGGCACACAGAAUGCUGAACUCCAGGUAUUCCCUGACAGAUUUGUGGUCUGUGUAAGUCAGCUUGCAUUCAGUCAUAAUCAUUUGGCAAGUCAGAGUGAAGAACUGACAGAAGGAGCUCUCCACGGAGUGUCUGAUUACUUUGCUGAGUGUGCAGAGAGUCCGCUUCCUCCCCGUGCAAAGCUCCAGAGAAAUGUCGUGAAAGAAAUUGUGAAAAGAAGUAAAACGAAAAGCAGUAUCAGCAGUACCGUGAGCAAAUCACAGGCCAGCAGAGACAUUGUGGGAACAUCUAGUGACUCCGUGAUUACAGAGAUAGCAAGGAGGAGGAGUGACGGUCAGGCUUCCACCAGUCGCCCGUCAGAAUCCACGGGACAAGCAGAGGAUUACAUAAAGGCAGCUGAGAGUCACUGGGGGCUUCCUGUUCAAAAGCUGGAAAAUGUUAAUCAGCCCCAGCCAGAAGAUACUAGCGGCCAGCACAGACCUCAUUCUGGGGAGUGGCUGAAGACAGGGCUUCUAAGCAGGAGCCUUGUCUGGAGCUGUGAGUCAGCAUCACCAGGUCCAAAACAAAGUCCACGGGUGGCCAGAACACAACAGAAACGCAAGGACCGCGGCUCUGCGGGAGAUUUUGACCACCGCAAGAGAGUUUCUCUUGGAAGUGAUCGAUUAGUCCCAAGAGAAGUAAUAGUGGAAAAAUGCAAAGCUGUCAGCACUUUGCCAACUUCAGAGUUGUCAGAUCCGGGGUUACUUUUGGAACAAGAUUUGGCAAAAACCACCUCCAAGGAGGAGUUGCAUAGUUUGGAAAAUCUCUCCUCCAGAGACAUCUUAGGAAAAAUAACCCAGGGCAGGCCCAGCAAACCGGCUCAGCCACAGACCCUGAAAGACGAUGAAGUUUGUACAAUGCAGAGCAGCCUAACCAAGAAGAGAAAGAAAUAGGUAGAGGCCACUAAUGCUAAAGAGGGUCUCAAAGUCGGAGUCAAGGACACAGUGGCCAAACCUGUGACAAAGGGCCUUGUGCAGAGAUGCUGGGAUUUUAAAGGGAUUAAUUGGAAUGAUUAUUUUAAAUAGAAAGUGUAUAUGUGACUUAGGGUUUAUUUUCAAAGCAGUCACCUCUAGGAGACUACAUGCUUGUUCUAACAACAUUGCUGUAGUCUCAUCAAUAGUUUAUAACUGUCUUCAGAACAUUAUUUUAAUGAUAGAGAGCCGUCCACCUUGUGAGGGACGAGACUGUGUGAGGACUGCAAAAAGAAACAUAUCAUGUGCCCCUCCUUGGCACAUCACUAUGCAGCCCACAUGAUGGGCCUCACCAAGAUGGUGCCACAGUGCUGCAGUGCAUUUCCAGGCAUAGGCUGGGUGCAGUGGCUCACGCCUGUAAUUCUAGCACUCUAGGAGGCCAAGGUGGGUGGACUACUUGAGCUCAGGAGUUCGAGGCCAGCCCGAGCAAGAGCAAGACCUGGUCUCUGCUAAAAAUAGCAACUUAGCUGGACGUUGUGGUGGGUGCCUAUAGCCGCAACUACUCAGGAGGCUAAGGCAGGAGGAUCGCUUAUGCCCAGGAGUUAGAGGUUGCUAUGAGCUGUGAUACCAUGACGCUCUACCCCUGGCAACAGAGUGAGACUCUGCCUCAAAAAAAAAAUCCAGGGAUAAAAUCCAUCUUCCUUCUCCUCAGCAGUGAAGAAAUAGGCCAAUGGUUCUCAACGUGUGAUCCUGGGACCAGCAUCGUUACCUGGAAACAAGUUAGAAAUUCAGGUGAUGGGCCCCACCCCUUUCUGCUAAAUGGCAAAUUCUGGGUGAUUCUGAAACAUGCUUAAGUUUGGGAACCACUGGACGAAGUUAAGACUCUCUAGUGUUGGUUCCCCUAGGUUGGCUGCUGGCCGCUGGCCGCUGGGGCCCCCUGGGAACUUGUGCACCCUCAUGCUCCCUCAGACCUGUAAAACAACUGGGCAUGGUGUAUGAGUCACUCUGUUCCCAAGUUCUGCUACAGCAUGGUGGCCACAGCACCCAAGAAGGUGUCACUAACACUUAAAAUAGAUGUUUACAGAUAAUUUGGCCGAGCGUUAAGGGAAGUCACCAGAGAGGCUAGUGCUUGCAUGACGCGCAGGCAUGUCCCAGCCCCAGCCUUGACCCCUGCAAUUUUGGUUAGGUUUAGGACAGACCAGAACCCAGAGAGAACUCACUGGCUGGAGUUUCCUGUUUCGAACAGGUGCCUUCCCUUUGCAGAGCCACCCACUGUCUCUCAGCUAUGUGACUUGCUGAGAUGUCACAUAGCUCAUUUUGGAUGGAUAGCUAUUAAAAAUUUUCAUAGCCCAUUUCAUCCCGAAAUGGGAAACAACAAUAUUCAAAGGUUAUCCAUCCACGGCAUCUUUUUUGUGCUCAACAUGGGGUGGCUAAGGUAGGAAAAUCAAGUAUAUUCCCUAAAGUGUCGAAGUUAGCCAAAAAAUAACUCAGAAAAUGCCAAGAAGAUAAAAGAAUAUGGAAACAGGUAUAGAACAGGUCCAUGCUUGAGACGGAUUAGUGGCACUCCCACUGCAUUCUGUCCUUCCCCAUGCCUCCUUUUCCCACUUGUAGCAUAGGGUACAACUCAUUAGAAAGCAGCCAUAUUUCAUGACACCAUUUCAGACCGUGAGGUUCAGUUGUCACCAAGCCUGGCUGUGGAUGUAGUAGUUGCUCCUACUUUGGUCCCAGUCUCCCCACCCCCCACAGAAACAUGGCCCUGUCCACUGGUGUCCUUUCCUCUUGCCUCCUCGGAUUUUUUGUUUGCUUCUUUGUUUUUUAUUUAUUUUUUAAAAGAGACAGGGUCUCGCUUUGUCAUCCAGGCCAGAGUGCAGCGACAGCAAUCACAGCCCACUACAUCUUGGAACUCCUGGUCUCAAGAAGUCCCCCUGCCUCAAGCUCCCAAGUAGCUGGAACUACAAUCACACCACCAUGCCCAGCUAAUGUUUUUUAUUUUUUGUAGAUAAAGAGCUUCACUCUGUUGCCCAGGCUAGUUUUGAACUCCUGAGCUCACAUGAUCCUCCUACUUCGGCCUCCCAAAGUACGGAAUUACAGGCAUGAGCCACCAUGCCGCAGCCUCUCCUAGUUUUACUGUUACCGGCUGACUCCAAACAAGGGCUACCAUAGGAGAAGAGGUGGCCUAACAGAAUACUAACCUCAGCAGAGCUGAUUCUGCUUAUACAGUGGAGGUAUACAGUGGACUGCUUAUAUAGUCAGCAAAGAACACAAACCUCCUGGGGACAUGAUCGGACACUGAUUUCCAUGGCUCAUCCGAGGCCCUCUCUUGUGGAGUGACCAGUAUUCUAGGUAUGCUCUUAACUGAAAAGAGGACCAGAUUCAGCAGCAUAUCAUUGAUCUUCUUAAAUGGAAAUAAUUACUGGAACAGUUAACAAACAGGGAGGGCACAAGUAAUAAACCAUGAGACUGGCUAAGAAACAGCUCUCUGAAAGAGUUCAGAAUUAAAAAGACAACUAUACCAGAACAGCAGCUGCUGUGUGCUCCAGAUACUAGAGGCAAUACUGAGCUGGAGCUAAUAGAGAAAGUCUCUAUUGAGAAGAUUUUAUUUCAUGAGUUAACUUCAGCUUGGUGGUUAGGGCCAACACUUGCACUUAUGAUGAUUCUCUUUCAAGAAAAGUCCUGGCUUUAGAAUUUGUUGCAUUUGGGGAAAUAACAUAAAGUUACUGUGAUCUAAGAGGGAAAGUAGCACCUUUGGUUGGAGAUAGAUAUGGUCUUUCUCCCAGCCUUCAUGUAAGAGGAUUUUAGCAGGAUGAACGGGGCAGGGCUCUCAGCUCCCACACUGUGGCAUGUGUUGAGGAAUUUUUCUUUAAGGCUCUUCCUUGCACAUGUCUGCAACACCCCUGGCUCUCUUGUUACUUGAGUGGUUGUGUGAUGCUUUGGUUGUUUGGAAGUAUAAAGAGGAAAAUGAGUGCCCCUUUUUUGUUGUCGUUGCUUUUUAGGUGGGCUAGGAAGGGUUCUCUACUGUUAGGAAUGGUAUCUAUUUUGAUAUUCUUAAUGAUCUUGAUAACUUGGUAUCUGAAAGUCUGAGACUCUGGCAUGACCUGUUCUUAGUCUAAAACAAUAAGUUCUCCAGCCACUUAAUAUCCCAAGUCCAUUUUAUAGUUAAGUUCCUGUAACUGUGAUACUUGGAAGGGAUAUUGAUCCUGUUGUAUUAAUAACUUUGAAUUUUCUAAUUCUCUCAGUGUCAUAGAUUCUAAGCCGUGUCCACGCACUUUCAAACCACAUUUUAAUAGAUUGAUGUUGGUUUCUGUCUUUAAUAUCCAUAAACAAGAGAUGUCAGGGAGCAGCAAGUGUGGUUUUUCUUACACGUUUUCCUAUCUUUGCCAUUGGAGGGUAAGUGUCACCCAGAUAGGCAUAUGAAUUGCGAAAUGCAAAGAGGCCAACGCUUAGGGGGAGGGAGUAAGGGCUGCCCUUCUUUUGUUCACUUAUUUUAAUACUACCGGAAGUAUGGAAAUGUAAUUCAUUUUAUAAAAAGCAAGAAUCAUAAAAGCCCUGUGCUUUUUGAUUUAGGGAGAAUAUAGUUUAUUUCUGAGUGAAAUAUCUCAAAAUACAUCUUGGGGACAACAAUGGAAUUGCAGUGUUAAUUGUUUGCUUUUGGUGUCAUGUUUGGCUUUUAGCAUGGAUUUUAUGUGCCUCAGUGGCCUUUGAUUUCAGGAGGAGCUUGGUGUGGGCAGAACGCAGAAGGGAAGGAAACCUCUUGCCCAAGAGAAUAGCCUGGGCUCACAGUGUCGCCAUUCCUGGUUUCCUUAAAUUCCUUUUUGGCAGGCCCUACUGUAGUAUUUCCACAAAAUUGUCAUGAGUGGCCCUCCUUCGGAGGUACCAAGUGGCUUUCCUAAGAACCAAAAAUUCUCUAUUCAGCCUGCUGUGACUUGAAUGUGGAAAUAAUUUUAAUUUCUUUUAUGAGGAAAUUUCUACACUUGGUUUUUCAAGACAGGAGAGUUCAUUUCUUGUUAUUGAAACACUAAUGAAUUGAAACACGUUGAAGCAAGUAAAAAAUCUAAAUUAAGUUGGUUUCUCUUAAAUAGUUUAAAGCCUUCCUUAGUACAAAAAUAAAUUAAGCAUUGUAAAAUGAAGUUAAUUCAGGUAAUUACUCAGUACAGAAGUUUAACUGUAUAUGUCAUUGGUAUAAUUAAAUUCUCAGAAAUCUGCAGAACUCCUUCUAAUUUGGUUUCUAUAUUUAUCUAACAAGACAUGGAACAAAUGUGUGUCAAUGUGCAGCUUAACAGAGGGGACUUGAGAAAUUAUCCUUAAUUACCUAGAACUACCCAAUACCAGGCUUGAAUUUAAUCGUAUUCAAAUAAGUUUCAUUUUGCAACCUAUUACCAUAUGUCAUAUUAUCUUAUAAUCGCCAUUAUCGAUCCUUAUCAAAAAUUUUGACUUGCUUAAGCAAAAAUAAUUCAAGCUGUACAUUUGACCCUAAAGCAUCCGAUCAGGUGACUAAAGGUGUGAGUUUGACAAAUCCCAGAAUAACUUUCUUUAAUCAAGCUAAAAACCUGAACAUUGAGGAGUCACUCAGACAGCUUUUCUCUCCACUGACCUUGUCUUUGCAUUUUAAACAAUUUGAAUAGUUUUAAGUUGUUGUACCUGCCUAGGAUAUGAAACUACCACGUGAGCCCAUGUAGUGGAAACAGACCUGUGUUAUUAAUAAAGAGCAAAAUUGUU